AUGACCCGGCAGAACAAUAUCCAUCUCUCUGACGCUCCUUCAAUCGCUUUUAUACCGCUCUGGGAUAUGUGCAAUCAUGAACAUGGAAAGAUAACAACUGACUACAAUAAAGAGUUGAAACGUGGCGAGUGUUACGCGUUACGCGACUUUGCGGCGGGCGAACAAAUCUUCAUAUUUUACGGAGCGCGACCGAAUGCCGACCUAUUCCUCCAUAAUGGGUUCGUAUACCCACAAAAUCAAUACGAUAGUUUGUCUCUUGCAUUAGGAGUGAGUACGAGCGAUCCUCUUCGUGAGGCAAAAUUGGGACUUUUAACCAAACUUGGUCUCUCCGGAGUCACACACUACAGCUUAUAUUCGGAUUCGAAUCCGAUUAGCCCUGAAUUGUUGGCGUUUAUACGGAUAUUUAAUAUGAACCAAGAUGAAUUAACAAAAUGGUCGAGCUUAAGUAUGCCGAGUGAUCUAGUAUCAUCGGACGAUAUUAGUUCGGAAGCAGUGGGUGCCGACAUCGAUCGCAGAGCCUACACUUAUCUGCUAACCAGAUGCGGACUGCUAAAGGCCUCUUAUAAGAAAGAUGAAAGCGAAACUGAAUCUUUGCAUAGGAGAAAUGUGAAGCUAUUAAAAGAAUGUGAAGUACAAAUAUUAGAUAAUGCCAUAGAGUACUUAAGGAAUGUUUUACAAAAACUUCCCACCGACAAACAAACUACA